AUGAGUGAGGAAACAUUGUGCAAACAAGAUUCACUAAAUUUUUUACUUAAUGAAGAAGAUGAGUUUAUAAACAUAUUUAAUUAUAAGAAUAUAAAAUGUUUUAAGUCACCUCAUUAUAUUUAUAUAGGACAAAUUAGAAAUAAUGAAAGUUUUUUAGGAAAAGAAAAUAUAUGCGAGGAUAUAUAUAAAAAAAAUGAUGAUAUAAAAAAAGAUACUACUAAAGAAUAUGCAUAUCAUAAAGAAAAGUUAGAAAAAAAAAAAAAAAAAAUUAUUAAAUAUAUAAAAGAGGGAUAUGGCAUUUUGUUAAGCUUAAGAAAAAAUAUAUAUGAUGAAGAAAUAAUAGUAAAUAAAUUUAUUGGAAAUUGGAAGAAUGAUAAAAAAAAUGGUUUGGGUCUUAACAUUUUUCUAAAUAAAAAUAUUUUCUUUGGUUAUUAUGAAAAUGAUUUAAGGAAUGGAUGGGGUUAUUUAGAAUGGAAGAAUAGUUCAUCAAAAUUUCAAGGAUAUUGGUUAAAUAAUUCUAUAAAUGGUAAAGGAAUGUAUAGUAAUAAAUAUUUUAGUUAUGAUGGAAAUUUCUACAAUAAUAAGUUUUUAAAUUCAUGUGGGGAAUGGAUGAAUAUUUUUGAGCUGGAGAAAAAUAAUAAAACUCACGCAAAUAACAAUAUAAUCUCAAAUAAUAUACAUUUAAUUUUAUUACCCUUUGAUUUCAUAAAAGCCCAUUUAAAAAAAAUUGUUGAAAUUAUUAAGCAUAAUUUCAAUAAAGUUCCAUUUAUUAUGUGCACUAAAAAAUUCAUAGAAAAAAAUAAAAAUUUCAAUUUAUCUAAAUUUGUAUUUUUAAGCUAUUAUUUUGAUUCAUCUGAACUAUUACACGAUUUUAAUGAGAAGCUAUUUUUUGAUAAUUUUAAAAAUAAUAAUAGUGAAAACAAGAAAAUAGAAAAAGUAGGAUUUAAGAAAUCAAAUUACAAUCAUGAUAAUUUAUCCUCUUUCGAAAAUUCUACUACCUCAGAAAUUAAUAAUGAAUUAAAUAGUUCACAUUAUUUUAAUAAUUCUAUUGAAUCAUAUGAUUCCGAUAACUCAAAGGGUUCUUAUGAAUUUAAUAAUUCUAAUAAUCAUAAAAAUUCCAAUGAAUCUGAUUAUUUUAACGAAUUUAAUGAUUCCAAUGAAUAUAAUAAUUUUAGUGAGCCUAAUAACUCCAAUGAUUCUUGUCCAAAUGUUAAUUAUUCUACUGUUUCUAAUUAUUCUAAUGAUUCCAAUGAUUCAUUCAAUUUUCAAUUAAAAAAAAAUAACUCUUCAAAUGGUUCAAAUUCAAUCAGUUUGAAAACUGUUUGCAUAUAUGGAAAUGAAAGCGACAAAAGUGAACUGAAGGAAUAUCUAAAAAAUGAGCGUAAAUCAAGUGAUUUAAAAAAUAAAAGUUUCCUUGGUUCAUUUUCAAAAAAUAAUGAUAAUUUAAAAAUAGAUAAAACUGAUUUUAAGAAAAGUUGCAAUUUUAAUUCUGGAAAGAUUUAUAACACUUCUAUCAAUUUAGAAGAAAAGAGAAAAAAUAAAAUACACAAUUUAAUUAACAGUUAUUUAAAUAUGUAUAUAGACACUGAUGACAGUUUAAGUAAUUAUUCUAUAAUGUCUAGUGAAACAGAAGUCUCUGAUGAUAGUGUGAAUUCCAAGAAAAUAGAAAAAAAGGAAAAUGAUAUUCAGGAAGAAAAUGAUACAGAUAAGAGGCAAGAAAAACAUAAAGAGGAAGAAGAAAAAGAACGAAAAAGCGAAAAGAAAAAAAAGAAAAUGAAUAAUAAAUUUGUAGAAAUGGUUAAAAAUGAUGAAGAAUGUAAUUCUUUUGAUGUUAAUAGAAAAAUUGAGGAAGAAUUACCAAAAAUAAAAGUAGACAUCAGUUUUUUAAUAAAAAUUAUAAAUAUGAAUCUAUCAUGUAAACAUAUAAUUAAAAAAAAAAUAAAGAAUUCUUUGUUAUUAAAGUACCCGUUCAUUUUUAAUUUAAAUAUUAGUGAGAAUAAAAAUAAAUAUGAAAAUAUAGAUAACGAAUUGCUACUAGAGAAUUGUAAAAUACCUGAAUUUUGGGAUUUAAAGAGUUAUUUUUGUAAUAUUGCAACAAAACUACCUGAAGAAAUAUUCAGUCCUUUAUAUUUUGAUUUAAAUAAUUCAUAUAAAAGUAUUAUAAGAUUUUCAAAAUUAGAAGAAAAAAAUAUGAAUGAUAACUUAAGUGAAAAAAAAUUUUGUAAUAAUUUUAAUCUAAAUUUUUUUGUCAUUACAGAUUUAUUAGUUGAUGAAACAAAAGAUGUAUAUUUUUUAAAAGAAUUAAUAAAAAAUAAAUUUAAUAAUUAUUCAUACUUAAAUAGUUUAUUUUUUCUUAUAAUUGAAUAA